AUGGCGGCGGCUCUCGGCGCGGCGGCCACGCUGCUCGGCAAGGUGUUAACGAUGCUGUCCGCCGUCCCGGUGGCGGCGUACGUGGACAGCCUCCAGCUCGGCCACAACUCGGAGCAGAUCAAGGACAAGCUGCUGCACGCGCAAGGCCUCCUGCACAACGCCCAGGCCCAGGCCCAGGGGAGCCACAACCCUGGCCUGCACGGGUUGCUGGAGAAGCUGAGCAGGGACGCCGACCAGGCAGAGGACUUGCUGGAUGAGGUCCACUACUUUCAGAUCCAUGACAAGCUCCACGGCACCAGCUACGCCACCACCCAAGAGGCCGGCCAUCAAGCUCUCCACGCCUGUACUGCUCUUCGCCACACCCUUGGCAGCUUGGUACAGUGCUUUUCUUGCUCGCCUACACCUAAGAACAAAAGGGAUGAUAGUGAUGAUGCUGCUGCUGUUGCCGGUGCACCACGCCACGUCACCACCACCCUAGGCACCUUGCUCCACUGCUUUUCUUGCUCCCCCUGUACACCCAACAGGAAUGGUUGUGGUGGUGCUGCUGCUGCUACUGCUGUUGCCGGUGUCACCAACUCCAACUCUGCUACUGCUAGUGCUGAUGGUGAUGAUACGCUGCAUUUCGACAGAGUGUCCAUGUCCAGAGAAAUCAAGUCCGUGUUACAGAGCAUGCAGUCCCACUGUGAUUCCGUCUCCAAUUUGUUCAUCGGCAGUAUCCCAAGCAGCAGCACGGCAGUGGCAGUCGCCCUACAUCGGCCUCAGACUGCUUCCAUGAUUGUACAAGAUACGUUGUAUGGCAGGAAAGACAUUUUUGAGAAAACUGUCAACCGUAUCACUACUGCCACACACAUUGUUUCUGUUCUUCCUAUAGUUGGUCCAGGGGGUAUUGGCAAGACAACUUUCACCACUCACCUCUACAAUGAUGCAAGGACUCAAGAACACUUCCAAGUCAAGGUCUGGGUAUGUGUAUCCACUGAUUUCGAUGUGCUUAAGCUCACCAGGGAGAUCCUUGGCUGCAUACCUGCAACUGAAGAAGAAGGAAGCAGCAGUGUUGCAAAUGAAACAGCCAAUUUAGACCAGCUUCAGAAAUCCAUAGCCUAUCGUCUCAAGUCCAAGAGGUUUCUAAUUGUCUUGGAUGAUAUAUGGAAAUGUGACAGCCAGGAUCAAUGGAAAACCCUGUUAGCUCCGUUCACAAAGGGGGGAGCCAAAGGAAGCAUGCUACUUGUCACAACUCGAUUCCCAAAGCUAGCACAAAUGAUGGAAACAGUUGAUCCACUAGAGCUGCGAGGUUUGGAGCCGAAUGACUUCUUCACAUUCUUUGAAGCAUGUAUAUUUGGUGAACACGACAAGCCUGAGGAAUACCAAUAUGAGUUAGCUGGUAUUGCACAAAAAAUUGCAAACAAGCUAAAGGGUUCCCCGCUGGCAGCCAAAACAGUUGGUAGACUGUUGCAGAAGGAACUUUCUCAGGAACAUUGGAAUGGAGUUCUUGAAAAGGAUGAGUGGCUAAAGCAGCAAGAUGAUGAUGAUAUCAUGCAAACUUUGAAGAUUAGCUAUGAAUACCUCCCAUUUUAUCUGAAGAGAUGCUUUUCCUAUUGUGGACUUUUCCCUGAAGAUCAUAGGUUUACUUCUUCAGAAAUCAAUCAUUUCUGGGUUGCAAUUGGCAUCAUAGACUCUAAUCACCAAGCCAACAGGAAUUACAUGGAAGAACUAGUGGACAGUGGUUUUCUCAUGAGUGUUCAAUACUACUAUGUAAUGCAUGAUUUAAUGCAUGAGCUAUCUAAGAUUGUUUCUGCACAAGAAUGCCUCAAUAUAAGUGGCUUAGACUUCAGAGCUGAUGCCAUCCCACAAUCUGUUCGCCACUUAUCUAUCAACAUAGAAGACAGAUAUGAUGCAAAUUUUGAGCAACAAAUGUGUAAACUAAGGAAGAGGAUAAACAUUACUAAUCUGCGGACUUUGAUGAUUUUUAGAAGAUAUGAAGAAGAAAGAAUCGCCAAGCUUUUGAAAGAUAGCUUCAAGGAAAUAAAUAGUCUGCGUGUCCUAUUUAUAGUUGUGAAGUCUUCACAAUAUUUUCCAUAUAGGUUUUCAAAACUUAUCCACCUCCAGUACCUCAAAAUUACUUCAGCUUAUUUCAGUGAGAAUGAAAUGAGGUUACCUAGUACACUGUCAAGAUUUUAUCACUUGAAAUUCUUGGACCUAGAUGACUGGCAUGGUAGUUCUGAUUUGCCUGAAGACUUUAGCCACCUUGAGAAUUUACAUGAUUUCUGUGCUAGAAGUAAACUCCACUCCAAUAUUCACAAUGUUGGAAAGAUGAAGCAUCUGCAGGAGCUAAAGGAAUUCGAUAUCAAGAAGGAGAGCAUGGGAUUUGAACUGUCAGAACUUGGGGCAUUGACAGAGCUUGAAGGAGAACUGAUUAUACGUGGUCUUGAACACGUGGCAACCAAGGAGGAAGCUACUGCAGCCAAACUGAUGUUGAAAAGGAAUCUGGAUGUGUUGGGAUUACUUUGGAGCAGAGAAGGACCAACUACAGAUGCUGAUAUUCUUGAUGCUCUUCAACCACACUCUAAUCUUAGAGUACUUAGAAUUGCAAAUCAUUGUGGUACCGUUGGUCCUAGCUGGUUGUGUCUUGACAUCUGGUUCACAAGUUUAGAAGCUCUCAUGCUAGAAAGCGUAUCUUGGAGCACCUUCCCACCUUUUGGGAACCUACCAAAUCUCAAGGAACUCUACUUGAAGAAAUUUUCUGGAAUGCAUCGGUUUGGACCUCCAGGCAAAUGUUUUAUGCGCUUGGAGACAGUUUGGUUUCAUGAGAUGCCAGAACUUGUUGAAUGGGUUGUGGAACCUAAUUGCAAUUCCUUUCCAAGUCUUGAAACAAUUGAAUGCAUCGAUUGUCCCAAUCUCCGUGUGAUGCCCUUCUCGGAGGUAUCGUGCACCAAUUUGCGCAGACUUGAAGUUUCUGGGUGCCCAAGGAUGUCUCUUCCCGCCAUGCCUCACACCUCCACACUGACAUAUUUGGUUGUUCAAAGAAAUUCAAGAAAAAGAACCAACUUUAUGCCCCAAGAAUUGACUGAUUCAGGAACGAUGUUAUCUUAUGAUGGAAACAAAUUGGUUGUUAGUGGGUAUAGCGAUGCUUUGGCCUCCCGCAAUCUGGAUAAAGUAGAAGAUAUGACUGUCGGAAGGUGCGAUGGUUUGUUCCCUGAAGAGUUGGAUGACAGUUUUGUCUUCUGUUCAGUUAAGAGUCUCCAAUUACAUGCAUCUCAUCUUACCAGCAGCAAAUCAUCAUCUUCAAAAGUGUUAAACUGUUUCCCAGCUCUUUCUGUGUUGCACAUAGCUGGAGAUGGAGACCAUGACUAUGAGGAAUGUGUAAGGGCCUUCUCAUGGUGUAAGGAACUUUCCUUCGCAUGGUGUAAGGGCCUGGUUCUUGUGCCUGUGGAGAAUGAGAAUGGAGGAGGAAUUCAGGAGGACAAGUCAUUGCUCCAAUCAUUAAGCAUAUUGAGAUGUGGAAAAUUGUUCUCUCAGUGGCCCAUGGGAGAAUCAGAGACCAUUUGCCCUUUCCCUGCUUCCCUGAGGAAACUUGAUGUUUUCGAAGAGCCAAGCAUGAAGUCAAUGGCUCUGCUCUCAAACCUCACGUCUCUCACCACUCUAAGGCUGUCAGGAUGCAGUAAUUUAACAGUGGACGGAUUCAAUCCUCUCAUCGCAGCCAACCUCAUACAACUGCUAGUGCAUGGGUGCAACACCUUAGCAGCAGAUAUGCUCUCAGAGGUGGCCUCUCAGAGGGUCAAAUUAUUGCCUGCAGGUUACAUCUCUAGACUGGAGGUACUCUUCACGGAUGACAUCUGUGGAUUGCUUGUUGCUCCUAUUUGCAACCUCCUCGCCCCGGCCCUCCACACACUUGAAUUCAUGGAAGAUGAGAGGAUGGAAAGCUUGACGGAAGAGCAAGAGAAAGCGCUGCAGCUCCUCACCUCUCUCCAGAAUCUAACAUUUUUGAGAUGCAGGGGUCUGCAGUCGCUUCCUCAAGGGCUACAUCGCCUUUCUUCUCUCAAGGAGUUAAGUGUCAUUGAGUGUCAAGAAAUCCGAUCGAUGCCCAAGGAGGGCCUUCCGGCUUCGCUGAGAAAACUAGAGAUGAUUGAUUGCAGCGCUGAGAUAGACGAGCAAAUUGAGAAAAUCAGAAGAACCAACCCAGAUUUAUCCGUCUCGGAUCUCUAA